ACUAAUGAACCUUCUUCAUUCUGACUCCAACCGUAGGGUUUUGCAGGGUUUCACUUUCAAUCCGUUUUCAGUCUUCAUUUCAUCACACAAACCAUAGAAAAGACUGAUACAAUGUGUCGCACCUCCAUAUGACGCCAUUUCUCGACGCUCUCAACCUUGUUCCCCUCAACGCUCCAAAACAUCAUCGUACCCGGUACGCUAUAUCGCCUUUUUCAUCUUUUUUUGCUUCUUUUCUUUUCGAAGAACCCGUAUGUUUUCAAUUCAAUGGGUAUCCAUCCAAUUUCUAGCAUAGCGUACUUCUGGAAGCUUCCACUGCAAGGAAAUCCCGUUGUUCUAUUGAGAAAAUCGCGUUUCUUAUUUUUGCUCAUUUCACAGUUGCCGAGAUGAUGGGUUCGAAUUCAAACCAUGAAUUCAAUAGCCCUUUUAGGUGUAAGGAAAAGGGUUGUUCACAAAAUUUCUAAUUACUUGAUUAUUUCUCGGAGAUUAUGUAACCGUAGUUUUGAUGUUAAUAGUGAGUUUGAAUGCGUUGAGGAGCCUUUGAAAAAAAUUGUUUCAGAUUUUGAUUCUACUUUGGAUGAAAGGCUUCAUUUGAAUUGCGAUCAAAAGCCCUUUUCACUUAGACAAGGGUUUAUAGAUACUGUAAAGGUAGAUGCUAAGAGGGUACUUGAGAUUCUUAGACAAGAUGGUCCUGGUUUUGAUGCUAGGUUGGUUUUAGACGAGUUGCGAAUACGACCUUCGGGGAUUCUUGUCAGAGAGGUUCUCUUGGGAAUUUUGAAGAACAUUAAUAGUGAGAAUAAGACAAGGUGUGCAAAGCUGGCUUAUAAGUUUUUUGUUUGGUGUAGUCAGCAGGAGGCUUACCGGCACACUGCGAAUGCUUAUCACUUGAUUAUGAACAUAUAUGCUGAGUGCGAAGAGUUUAAGGCGGUGUGGAGGUUGGUUGAUGAGAUGAUUGAGAAAGAUUAUCCGGCUACUGCUCGUACUUUUAAUAUUUUGAUUCGGACUUGCGGCGAGGUGGGCUUGGCUAAGACAUUGAUGGAGAGGUUCAUAAAAUCUAAGACCUUUAACUAUAGGCCUUUUAAGCAUUCUUAUAACGCCAUUCUACACAGUCUUCUUGUAUUAAACCAGUACAAACUGAUUGAGUGGGUUUAUGAACAGAUGUUGCUUGAUGGUUUUUCCUCAGAUGUUUUAACUUAUAAUAUUGUCAUGUAUGCCAAGUACAGACUUGGAAAGGUGGAUCAGUUCCACAUACUUCUUGAUGAGAUGGAAAGAAAUGGAUUUUCUCCGGAUUUUCAUACUUACAACAUUCUUCUUCAUGCUCUUGGUAAAGGGGACAAACCACUUGCAGCUCUUAAUCUCUUAAAUCACAUGAGAGAAACAGGUAUAGAGCCAACUGUACUUCAUUUCACCACAUUGAUAGAUGGACUCAGCAGAGCUGGGAAUCUGGAUGCUUGCAGAUAUUUUUUUGACGAAAUGAGAAAGAACGGUUGCAUGCCAGAUGUGGUGGCUUACACUGUUAUGAUAACCGGAUAUGUAGUUGCCGGUGAGCUUGAGAAAGCGCAGGAAAUGUUUCAAGAGAUGCUUUCCAGGGAACAAGUCCCAAAUGUUUUUACAUACAAUUCUAUAAUUCGAGGAUUAUGUAUGGCAGGAAAAUUUGAUGAAGCAUGCUCAAUGCUCAAAGAAAUGGAAAACAAAGGUUGUAGUCCAAAUGCUGUUGUCUAUAUUUCAUUAGUGAGUUGUUUGCGGAAUGCUGGAAAGGUUGCUGAUGCUCGUGAGGUGAUAAGACAAAUGAUGGAGACGGGGAAGUAUACCCACUUACUUUCAAGAUUCAAAGGGUAUAAGAUAUAGUCGUAAGACUUUCAAAUCGGACAUGUUAACUCAUGGGGCAUCGACUCUUUGGUUGGUUAACUUAGACUAAUCACCUGCUGCUUCUUCAGCUGGUUAGAUGCUGGAGGAAAAAAGUAUGUACUACGUGGUCCCCCAUUCCCCUAAUAUAUAAUUCUUUCUACACUGAGAAGUCAAAAUGUAAACCUGUAUCCCAUUUUUUUAUAACAGAUUAUGAUCAAUAUUUAUUGUUCAUUAUUUUAGUUGUGCUUCUUUUAAUUCAUUUUUGCCUGCAUAUGGCUAAGAGCUUAUUCUCGAGAUUUGGGGUGCAGAAAUCAUCUUUACUUGUACCAAAUAUUUUAUUUAUGGGCCAAGUAAUUUAGAUUUUAACUUGAGUCAUGUAACUUCAUUCUUUUGCUUUUGCCAUAACCAUUUAUAACUUGUAAGUGGAUAAAGGAUUGAUAAUCUGAAUGCUUGUCUGUUCAUCAAUUAUUUGGUACUGUAAUUGCACUUCCUAGCUUUUGGAAAAUCUUUUUUUAGCCCCUGAGAAGUCAACAGUGUUCUGUUGAGGAAAAUUCGUUGUUCGUAUAGUAUAUAGUAUGACUGUUUGGUAUAAUCUUUUUCAACAGUAAUAUUUUAUUUCAAUAUUUUUACUACUACUACUACUACUACUACUACAUUAUCCAUUAUUAACUUCAAUUAUCGUGCUCAUCUCCUUUUUCUGUUGAUAUUUGAAGUGGCAUCAUUUUGAUUUGUAUGUUAUUCAGUAUUAUUUUGUAUCAGAUGAAACUUCAUUCUGUCAUUCAUGAUUUGGAGAUUAGAUCUACAAUUAAAAUCUUUUAAUUUUUGAGUUGUAAGACCAAGUCUCUUUGGUGCAUUUCCACGAGUCUGGAGCAAGCAGCUAAAAAUAUUUCCUAGAGACAAAUAUGCGAUGAUUGUUAAAGCCUAGGGUGUCAGCUUAGCUGGGAUUCCUUCCUCUAUGGUGAUGCCUCUGCAUACCAUUUUUUGCUAUAAAAUGAUAAGCUUCUUCUGUCAUUAGACCGUUAUGGUUUAUUCAUUAUGUUGGUAAGUUCAUAGUAGGAUCUGUCCAAUCUGAAGAUAAUUAGAACUACCAAAUAUUAGGAUAGUAUAGCCUUAUACUGAUGAAGGUACCGCAAUUUUCUGCUUAUGGUACUCGCAAUUCAGAGUUUAAGAUAUAUUCAAUUUCAGUAUCACCAUUCUUCAAAAUCACAUUCAUCAUAUCAGUUCAAUUUAAGCGACUGUGCUCCUUAUAAGCAUUCCAUAAGAUAUCCAUUAGUUUAUGAAUUUUAGUGAUGCCAAACAUUUUUGCCUUUUACUCGCUUUUGUGACAUUUUACCAGCAUUAACCAAAGGCAUAGAUAUUAUCACACUAGAAGUCAUUUGCACCUUUAAGAGUUUUUGUUUUAGCUCAGCAUAAUAAAAACAUGGAAAUGAAAAGGGAAAAAAAUGAAAAUCCAAUAAUGUGUAUUGUCUUUAUUUUUUCUCCUCCUGUUUCUCUUCUUUUUUCUCUUCCUUCUUUUCCUCUUUCUUCUCUUCUUUGGCAGGUCCAACUGAUAGUAUAUCCACCUUCCCUACUUUCUUCAGCUUCUUUACUACUGCCACUGUAUCCAUUUCGCCAAUCACUGUUAACUUUUGUUCCUGCACAUCUGUGGCAAUUGAAUCAACUCCUGUUCAUCAAAGUACCAACAGUUAAACAGUGAGGGACAGCACAUGGAGGAGACAGACACAAGAGGAUAGAAAAAGUGGUAAACAAAAUUCUAAAUUGAAGAAUUCAUAUAAUUCAUAAUCAAACAAGCAUGAAAAUGUGCACAUAGUAUAAUAACAAGAAAAUCCAUCAGGGUCUAGUGCAGGUGUUUGAUGCUUAGUGUGUGAGUAUUGUAAACUUUGGAGUAAUGAGUUUGUUGUGUAGAAACCCAAAUGUGAAAUGAGUACCUGAGCCAUUAUGAAGAUGGAAGAAGGUGUGAAAACAAGUAAGAGGAGAAUUUAGAAGUUGUGGUUUUUAUGUAAACAAUAAUAUAAGGUAAGGCGUGAGGUUGUGGAUGUCUUUGUGUUACAUCCAAAAGAUGGACACUUUAAGAUGAAAA